AUGAAGGACGAGCAGAGUGGGCAAAACAUGAGGCCUUCUGAUGGAAAGAGACACUUGGAGGAGAACGACGUGUCUGACGAACCCACUCGCAAGGUUCCAAAAACGACAGUGAAGCCAUCAACAUGGUUUCAUAGCUCGUUCAAUACAUCAAAGCCGACUGUGCCUACAAAUCCAAGCAUUGUCCAGCACGCCCCGCGUUCAGCUCAAUGGAUUAGUCCAGCGUUCAGCAGGGCGACCACUCAAGCUGGUGGAUCGUUCCCUUCUAUCUCUCGUGGGAUGCCGGUCCCAUCGGUUGUGCAUGCAGAUGGAAGUUCCACUCCCGUCCAUCGGUCCCUCCACAAUGCGUCUCAAAUGAGCCGCAAUCUUGCCUUGCCGCCUUCGACGCCCACGCGUGGUCCUGCAACGCGACGGCCUGGACCACCGGCGUUUUCCGUCCCCGGCAAGCAAACAAAGCCAGAGGAGCGCAUACAUCAUGCUCUCUCUCAUGUCAAGCCGCCACGACCGCCUCCAACCAGUACUCCAUCGCAGUCUCCGGUGACUGCUAAAUUUAGGGUUGCGGGCUCACAGCAGAAACCGCCGCUGAGACCAAGAUUCGACCUGACUGGCAUCAGCAGCGACGGUUCAGAGGAGUAUACGGUUGAUGAACGUGAUCGUGGUCUAUUCAUCAGUCCGCAGAAGAGCAGGGCGCGUAACAAAGGAGGAUUGGCUGAUCGCGCUGAAAUGAUCAUCGCCCGCCAAGCGACUUCGAACAAACUCUGGUCCAUUUCCGAAGAAGCCGCAGCCCUCGUUCCCGACUUCAAAGUUCAGAUCACCACCAUCCUAUCCCUCUUACCUGGCCGUAUCUUGACUCGGUGCCGAAUGUUAACCAGUGGCAUGGCGUUUGAUGGGAGUGGGCUGUUAGAGGGGAUCGUGCUGUUUGGAGCUGAGAAUAAGGAGCUGAAGGAAGGCAUGAGUAUCGGGAUAUGGAAGCCAUGGGGAGAACUGCCGAUGAAGCCGCUUGAGCCUUCUGUCUCAACCCUCGAGACAGCAGUUGCCCCGAUACCCGAUCCACCCGCCGAGGAUGUGCUGUUUCAAGCUGAACAACCAAAUGAAGUCCUUGUGGAAGAAGACUCGCACAUGUCGAAAGUAGACGAUGAUGAUAUCAGAGACUCCGCAGAUCCCGUCAGCUCGAUCAACGAGCAACAACCUACGACAAUUCCAGAUCCUCACGUUCUACUUGUCACGAGAUAUCGCAUUCUGAACUGA